CAUGCCGCCCUGUUCAGACUCUAGCUUUGACAAAAGCAUGGAAAUAUUAAGUGAAAACGUCAAUCGAAGACACUUUACAAGGCAGUUGGCAAAGCCGAAAUCAGACCCAAAAAAAGAAGAAUAUAAAGAAGGUAAAAUCCUGCCAGUCAACAGGACACUGAAGACUAGAGCUGAUGCAAAAGCUGCAGAACAAGUCCAUGAAGAAAAUGGGGAUUUGGAGGUCCGCCGAAGCUGCAGGCUUUGACAAAGCCAUUACACCACUACAAAUCAAUCUGUUUUAUUUGACAAACUUAUAACAAAUACUGCAGAAGCAGUCUUGCAAAAAAUGGAUGACAUGGAGAAGAUGCAUAGACGGCGAAUGAUGGAAGACCUUGGGGUGUUCCACGAUGAGAACCUCGAUAUGUAUGCACAAGGAAAGAAAGAAAUCCAAAGAGCUGACAAAGAAAUAGCUGAUAAUCAAGGUGGCAUUGUAGUAGUUUCAUCAGAAGAAAGUGAAGAGAAAGAUGAUGAUGACGGUGAAGACACUCGAAAGCGUUAUGACUUUCGACAGAGGAAAACUGUUGAGCGCUAUCAAGCUCCAUUGGAAAAACCAAGACAACGUAAGAGAGAUUUUUCGGGCCGGUCUUCACCUGUCAGACAGAGAUACUCAUUUAGAAGUGCUCAGUCAGAAGGCUCUUGCUGCAAAAGAGCUAACAGACGGAGACACGCAGUCCACAACACAGAUUCCACAUCCUCUUCAUCCCCAUCUGAUGACGAAGAGCGUUUUGAGAGACAUAGGAAGCGCAGCCAUAACAGAAAUUUAAGAAGGUGUCUUCCACUAAACUUUCGAAAAGAUGAGCUACAGGGAAUUCACAAGGAUCGAAUGACAAUUGGAGCAAGUCUGGCUGAUGUUGAUCCAAUGCAAAUAGAUUGUUCAGUGCGAUUUGAUGGUGUGGGUGGUCUUUCUGACCACAUUUCAGCUUUAAAAGAGAUGGUCGUUUUUCCACUGCUUUACCCAGAAGUCUUUGAGAGAUUCAAAAUUCAACCUCCAAGAGGCUGUCUAUUCUAUGGUCCGCCAGGGACUGGAAAGACACUGGUUGCUCGUGCGCUUGCUAAUGAGUGCAGCCAAGGUGAGAGGAGAAUAGCCUUUUUUAUGCGAAAAGGUGCCGACUGCCUGAGUAAAUGGGCGGGGGAAUCUGAACGACAGCUUCGGUUAUUAUUUGAUCAGGCCUACCAGAUGCGACCUUCAAUUAUCUUCUUCGAUGAGAUAGAUGGCCUUGCUCCUGUGCGGUCCAGUGAACAAGACCAAAUUCAUAGCUCUAUUGUGUCAACUCUUCUGGCCCUUAUGGAUGGCUUAGACAGCAGAGGAGAGAUUGUGGUCAUUGGAGCCACCAACAGGCUGGAUUCUAUAGAUCCUGCUUUACGAAGACCCGGCCGCUUUGAUCGAGAGUUCCUCUUCAGCUUGCCAAAUAAAGAGGCUAGAAAAGAGAUUUUCAAGAUUCGCACACGAGAUUGGACCCCAAAGCCAUCGGACAUGUUUCUUGAAGAGCUAGCUGAAAAAUGUGUUGGGUACUGUGGUGCUGAUAUUAAAUCCUUAUGUGCUGAAGCUGCCCUCUGUGCUUUGCACCGCCGCUAUCCUCAGAUAUACAAAAGUAGCGAGAAACUGCAGUUAGAUGUUGCUUCUAUCAAAAUAACAGCAAAGGAUUUUGUCAUGGCUAUGCAGAAGACUGUUCCAGCUUCACAGAGGGCUGUGGCUUCACCUGGGCGAGCGCUAUCAUCUGUUUCAAAACCACUGCUUGAAAACACGUUAGCAAGAAUUUUACAAGCCUUGCAGAGAGUAUUUCCCCACGCAGAGUUUGCACUACAGAAGGACCAACAGCCAGGUUGCCCUGUCAAAGGUAGCCUAUUGAUGAAGCCUUCUUACUCCAUGUACAUGGAGGACUUCAACCACCCCAACAUCUGUUGGAAAAGUAGCACAGCAAGCUGUAGGCAAUCCAGGAGACUCCUGGAGAGCAUUGACAGUAACUUCUUAAGCCAGGUAGUAGACAGCCCUACCAGAGGGUACGCAAUACUGGACCUGAUGGUCACUGACACAAGCGAGCUAAUUGGUGAUGUCAAGAUUGGAGGCAGCCUGGGCUGCAGUGAUCAUGCACUGGUGGUGUUCACAGUCCUGAGAGAUAUGGGUUCAGCAGAGGGUUUCUUCAUUGGAAGGAGCGAGCAGGGCUUACUGGUUAGCCUGGAUGAGUGUUUCCUGUUUGCCAUUGCUUGGUUCCAGUACAGAGACAGUACUGGUGGAGAGGCUUUGGCGGGCUAUGUAGAACUGGGUCUUGAUGGACAAGAUG